AUGACUUUACGAGCCAUAAUUGGUGGAGGGACCUCGUUCCCGUACCUGCUGAAGGAGAUGAGCGAGGAGGCGUGCCGGCGGCGCAACGUACCAGGCGGGCCGUGGCGAGGCGCCGGCGACGCUGGCCAGCAGGGCGGAGAGAGACGGGCGCCGCGCAGCGCGUCCGGCACACCACUGGCCGCCCCCGCAGCCCCCGCCCCCGCCUCCGCCCCCCGCCUCCCGGGGGCGCCCCUCUGCGCAGGCGCCGCUCGCCGCUCGCCACCCCCGCAGUCGGAGGCGGCCUCGUCCUCCGCCCCCGAGGCGUCGCCGCGAUGGACUGCCCUACAGGAUAUUACCCACAAAGACAGAGCAGCAACGUCUGGAGCAGCACGGGCCGCCGGUGUGGCCACCUCUGCUCCAGCUUUCCACGACAGAGCAGCGACAUCUGGAGCAGCACGGGCCGCCGGUGUGGCCGCCUCUGUUCCAGCCUUCCUCGACAGAGCAGCGACAUCUGAAGCAGCACGAACCGCCACUGUGGCCUUCCCUGUUCCAGCCUUCCUCGACAGAGCAGCAACGUCUGGAGCAGCACGGGCCGCCAGUGUGGCCACCUCUGUUCCAACCUUCCACGACAAAGCAGCGACGUCUGGAGCAGCACAAGCCGCCGGUGUGACCGCCUCUGUUCCAGGCUUCCUUGACCGAGCAGUGACGUCUGGAGCAGCACGGGCCGCCAGUGUGGCCGCCUCUGUUCCAGCCAUGCUCCACAGAGCAGCAACGUCUAGAGCAACAUGGGCUGCCGGUGUGGCACUGACUGUAACAGCCAUCCUCGGCAGAGCAGCGACUUCUGGUGCAGCACAGGCCGCCAGUGUUGCCGCCUCUGUUCAAGGCUUCCUCGACAGAACAGCGACGUCUGGAGCAGCACGGUCCGCCAGUGUGGCCACCUCUGUUCCAGCCUUCCUCGACACAGCAGCGACGUCUGUAGCAGGAGGGCCGCCGGUGUGGCCGACUCUGUUACGGGCCGCCGUUGUAAGGGCCUCUGGUCCAGCCUUCUAUGACAGAGCAGCGACGUCUGGAGCAGCACGGGAUGCCAGUGUGGCCGCCUCUGUUCCAGCAUUCCUCGAAAGAGCAGAGGCAUUUGGCGCAGCACGGGCCGACGGUCUGGACACAGCAGCGUCGUCUGGAGUAACACGGGCUGCUGGAAUUUCCAUCGCUGUUCCGGUCUUCCUUGACAGAGAAGCAAUGUCUGGAGAAGCACAGACCACCGGUAUGGCCACGUCUGUUCCGGCCUUCCUCGACAGAGCCGCGACAUCGAGAGCAGCAAGCGCCACCAGUGUGGCCGCCUCUGUUCAAGCCUUCCUCGACACAGCAGUGACGUCUGGAGCAGCAAGGGCCACCGGUGUGGCCGUGUCUCUUCCAGCCUUUCUCGACAGAGCAGCGACGUCUGGAUCAGGAAGGGCUACGGAUGUGGCACCCUCUGAUCCAGCAUUCUUCGACAGAGCAGUGACGUCUGGAGCAGCGCAGGCAGACAUUGAGGCUGCCUCUGUUGCAGCCUUCCUUGACAGAGUUGUAGCAUCUCGAGCAGCACAGGCCGCCGUUGUGGCCGCCCCUGUUCCAGCCUUUCUCGACAGAGUAGCAACGUCUGGAGCAGCACGGGCCUCUGGUCCAGCCUUCUAUGACAGAGCAGCGACGUCUGGAGCAGCACAGGCCGCCAGUGUGGCCGCCUCUGUUCCAGCAUUCCUCGACAGAGCAGAGGCAUCUGGCGCAGCACGGGCCGACGGUCUGGACGCCUCUAUUCCAGCCCUCAUCGACAGAGCAGCGACAUCUGGAGCAGCACGGCCCACCGACUUCCGCGACAGAGCACUGUGGUCUGGAACAGCACAGAAUGCCAGUGUGGUCGCCUCUGUUCCAGCCUUCCUCUACAGAGCAGCGACGUCUGGAUGGGCACGAUCCGCCAGUGUGGUCGCCUCUGUUCCAGCCUUCCUUGACAGAGCAGCGACGUUUGUAGAAGCACGGGCCGCCCCUGUAGCCGCCUCUAUUUCAACCUUCCCCGAAACAGCAGCGUCGUCUGGAGUAACACAGGCUGCUGGAAUUUCCAUAGCUCUUCCGGUCUUCCUCGACAGAGAAGCGACGUCUGGAGAAGCACGGGCCGCCCGUGUGGACACUUCUGUUCCAGCCUUCAUCGACAGAGCAGCGACGUCUGGAGAAGCACUUGCUGCCAGUGUGGCCCCCUCUGUUCCAGCCUUCCUCGACAGAGCAGCGACGUCUCGAGCAGCACAGGCCGCGGUGUGGCUGCCUCAGUUCCAGCCUUGCUCGACAGAGCAGCGACGUCUGGAGCAGCACAGGCCACCAAUGUGGCCGCCUCUUUUCCAGCUCUCCUUUACAGAGCAGCGACGUCUGGAUCAUCAUGGUUCGCCAGUGUGGCCGCCUCUGUUCCAGCCUUCCUCGACAGAGCAGCGAUUUCUGGAGAAGCACGAGCCCCUGGUCUGGCCAUCUCAGUUAAAGGCCUUCCUCGACAGAGCUGCGACAUCUGCAGAAGCACAGGCCGCUGGUUUGGCUGCCGCUGUUUAA